AAGUAAAUCGAAAAGCUUAAUUGGCGCCUGCUUAAGUUGUUGUCAUCGAGCAUUUACAGCUGUGCGGCUUAUCAAAUCGCUUAUCGAACACUACAAGCUGCUUACGUAAUGCUCUCUGGCACUCAACUGGGGCGUCUGGCGAGUCGCUUGAUGCCUCGCAUUGUACGAUCUCUCCACACGGAGCGCAAAGUGCAAGUCCAGGGAACUGGAGACUUGCAUAUUGUUGAGUGUGGCAGUGGAUCGCGUAGUUUGCUGUUAAUGCCUGGUGCCCUGGGAUCGGCCUGGACAGAUUUUAAACCGCAAAUAGAGCAGUUACCCAAACUACUGCCAGAUCACACGAUCAUUGCAUGGGAUCCCCCAGGCUAUGGAAAGUCGGUUCCUCCGCAACGUAAAUUCGGACUUGAGUUCUACCGCGAAGAUGCCGAGGCAGCUUUGAAGCUGAUGCGUGCUCUCGACAGGCCAAAGUUCUCAAUUCUCGGUUGGAGCGAUGGUGGCAUCACAGGCCUAGUUCUAGCCGCUCGUCAUGCUGAUUCUGUGGAAAAGUUAGCCUUUUGGGGUGUGGGCGCAUACAUAAACGAGUCUGAAAUGAAGACUCUCGCAGAGAUACGAGAUGUCGCCAAGUGGUCACCACGCAUGCGUGAGCCAAUGGAGAAGGUCUAUGGAGUUGAGCGCUUUGCCCAGCUCUGGGCGGAAUGGGCGGAUGCCGAGUGUGACUUCUACAAGCAUCGAGGCGGUGACAUUUGUCGCACUGAGGUGGAGCAAGUGAAGGCGCCCACGUUCAUACUCCAUGGCAAGAAGGAUCCUGUUAUUGCCGCCGAACAUGCACCUUGGCUAAGGGAGCGAAUGCCUCAUGCACGGUACCAUGAAUUCCCAGAAGGCAAGCACAAUAUUCACCUGCGAUAUGCCGAAGAGUUCAACAAGCUCGUCUCGGAUUUUUUUAAGGAUAAAUAACAGGGAAAGGAAUUCAAAAUCAGAUUUUUUUAAAGGAUUUAUCAAAGGGGAAGGAAGUCAAAAUAAAAAAGUGUAACUAUUUUUGCUUAUUGACAAA